UUUUGUAGACAUGCGCAGUGGUGUCACUUCCGGAAAGCACCUGCACAACAAAGUUCGAAAGUGCCCGCGAGGCCGGUUGAGAUGAAAUAUGGCAGACACGGAGAGAAGCGAAACCCCAGAUAUCACUGCAGUAGCUCAUGCAUCGACAGGGAAGUCGUGGUUUGAAUUUCUGCUGGAUGAAGCCCUCUUGGAGAAACAUUUGCUGGGGGACAACCCAGAUCCAUCAGGGACCCAGUUAAUUCUGCAGUUUCUCCAGCAUGCGGAGGCUGUUCCUAACGUGGGCAAAGAUCAGACGAGUAACGGGACAGAGGGGAAAGGAGAUGAAAAACAAGGAGAACCAAAAUCAGGAGAAAAUAAGAAAACCAAGGCCUUGAAACUACUAGCUCUGAAGAUUGCAGCAUUUUUGAAGUGGGAUUUAGAUGUUUUAGAUAAAAGUAUCCCAUUAUCAAUGAUGUCUGCCCUGCUGACGGAGCUGGUGAAGAUAGCGUUUCCCCAGGAUCUGGACCCUGAGACUCUGAAAGAUGGAGACCUGUCCUUGUUACCUGAUGAGACCGUCUUUGCUCUUAUGCUGUAUCACAGAUGGUGUGUUAAGACAGCAAUUAAGGACAGCUUUCCCAGCAGACCCACCAAGACUCUAAAUGUUCCAGUGCCAGGUGUAGUGGAUCCCACUCUAGGACUGAACGGGGCUAAUAAAAGCAUGCUAGAAAGUGUGAAGUCCCAGCUGACAGGAUCAGCUCUGAUCUUGGAGAAGUGUAGUAAUCUGACCAAGUCCCUGAUGAUGCCCAGUAUUGACAGUAUAGCUGGUCUCCAUGAAAAUACUGAGACUAUCACACACCAGUGGGACAAGGGACAACUGAUACCAAACGAGGAACUGAUCUGCCAGAUUUGUUAUGACUUGGGUUGCUAUCAUUUCUUCCAUGAGAACUAUCAACAAGCACAUGCCAUGUUCACCAAAUCAUCUUCACUGUUACAAAAGGUGGUCAAUCCACACUUCUUGAGACUUGACCGGUCACGACUAAGUGGCUACUGCAGCGCCUGUAAUGCUCUUCUGAACAUGGAGGUCAAAUCUGAUGCCCCUUCGCUACAGGAAAGAGUGGAACAGUGUAGGAAAAACAACUUUAAGUAACUUGCCACUUCUGUUCCAAGUGUGUACAUGUAAUAUCAUCAGACAGGUUCUGGAGGGCAAGGCCAUCCUCUCGCCCUAUCUGGAUAUGUUGGAGGGAGAAAGUGAAAGUAAUUUGCAGUUGAUUUUAGAGAUGUCUUCAGAAGUUAUCAAGAAGUGUUCAUUUCCCAAGAAAACUAAUCUCAAGUGUUUUCUUAGUCACCUGUGCCAGAGCCUGCCUGCCUCUACAAACUUCACAUCUGGUCUGUUGAAGUCUGAUCUGAGACAGCAGUUUGACCAGAGAGAAGUAGAAGAGCUGCAGUCCUAUCAGCAUGAAGAUCAAGACUUCAUGAAACUUGGACCAGCUCCUCACACAGAGCUAAAUGAUACGUCCAGCCUGGAGCGCCAGGUGUUGAUAACAUAUGAACCCAAGAAGUUGAAGGAACUUUUGGUAAAACUACAAGGAAAACUAACACGACAGCAGCUCAUGGUCCUUAGUGAUAAGUGGAAGGUAUCCAGAGAUAUUCAGCGUGGUUUUGACAGCUUGGUGUCAUGUCUAGACCAGGUGUAUGGAUAUAUAUGUUUAGUCAAGGCUAAACAGUGCACUCAGAUGAAGAUGUUUCAGUCGGCACAUGAUCUUCUGUUGGCAUCGGAUGCCUCAGUGAAGGACCUGUCUUACAAAUUGUCCAAAUUAAUUCGCUGGGAGAUACUACAGGUGGACAUCCAGCUGUUCCAGCAAGCAGAUGGCUUUCUGGAGAGUUCCACGGUUCAGGACAUCAUGAAGAGGACCAAGACCUGCAUCACCUCAUUAAGACUGGACUCCGACAUGUCCCCCAGCAGUGAUAUUGUGGGGCACUGUGUGGCUUUCCUUCUCAACAUCAAAGACUGGGAUUAUUUGGGGAACUUGGAUAACACCAACAGUGGAUAUAUAGAGUUUGGGCGUCUGCUGUCCCUGCUGUGUAAAGAACUGCCCAAUAUGAAGGAGAGCAGGAAAGCUGCUAGGGAGGUCUGGGAGGCAGUUUUGCAGAUAUUCACAACCACUGAGCAGCAGAAACGUAGCAGCAGUGGUGCUCCCAGUUCGAUGAAAAGAGAAUCCAACUUGGGCCUUAUAUCUAGGGCACAUUUUGUUCAGUUCAUACAGAGAAUUAAGGAUCCUGUAGUGCUCUCUGCUCUGGUGUCUUGUGUGACAAAGUUAUAUAAUCUACUCAAGAAUGACCUAACCAGUGAGAUCUCCAGUGACUAUGUCACCAUGUGGCCCACGGCUUUGGGAAGCUCAAGUCAGUUGAACCUCCCGGCAGUGUCAGAUGCAGUGACAACAUUGAUGCAGCAUGCUGUCUUUGUGAAUCCAACACAACCUUCUUGGCUCAAGACGCAGGCAGAUUUACAUUUUGCACAUGCCCAGUAUUCUGGUGCCAUGCACUGUUACAUGGAGGCAGCCUUGGUGGCGUCAGACUAUUUCUCCCGUCCUGUCCCCAAGACCAUCCUUGAUGACCAGGUGUACAAGAGGCUCAUCAAGAGCUGCAACUAUCUCCAGUGUUACACCCAGGCAGCUGUACUGUGUCAGGUUCUUGAGGAGGUGGACUACGUGACCGCCUUCCGCUCCUUCCAGGAAAAACACUGUCAGGAUGCCAUGGAUGCUUACUAUGACUGUAUAUGGGAUGUCACCAUUCUGGAGUUUCUGAUUAAUCUUCAUGCCAAGAAGGGAGAACUUGAGAAGAAACAAAGAGCUUUGCAUGCCAUUGGUCAGUUGGAAUUGAACAGCAGCAAUUCAGAGGAUAUUCUAGUUCUAGCCAAACAGAAAAGAAUGCAGAAAUUCCUCAGGACAUUAGCCAAGCACUAUCUAUGAGAGAGAGCAGUGUGUGUGUGUGUGUGUGUGUGUGUGUGUGUGUGUGAAUGAGAGAGAGGGGGGGGGAGAGAGAGAGAGGCCACAUACAUUGUGUCGGGGAGCAAGAGAUUGAGAGAGAGAUUUACAUUCUUUAAAUGAAAAAAUAAAAAACUGAGAAUGCAUGAAAAUGUCCUAUUAUAGACAAUAGCUGUCAAGUAAAAAAAAAAACAGAAUUCUUCGACAAUUAAAAAGAGUAAAUAGUGUUUUUAAAUGAAACAAGGUAAAAAUGUGAUAAUUUAAAGGCUAAAAUUGUCAGCUACUGUUUGGUAUCUGGUGCAUCUUGGGUCUCGUGACUACUGUUAGUAAGUGAUACUAUUCUCUUUGUUGGGUUAUCAAUUUCUUUGUGGGCAAAAUGUCUUACAAUUGUCUGUAUAAAAUACAAUUAAAUUCCUAGAAAAGACAGUUAUUGAAUAUUUAGGAGCAAAAACAAGUCAUUUACAAUUUCAACUGAGUCUGAUUCUCCUAAUAUUUAAAGAAUUUCACAGAAUUUUUGCCUUUUUUAUGGCAGACAUCUGUGUUCAUGCUGCGCUUCCUAGUAUUACAUAUGCUUGGAAUCCAUACGACACAACUUGUAAAUUUGAGCUGAAUUGAAAUAAAAGA